AUGCGACAUGGGGUGGAUAGAACUCUUAUUCAAGAUUUAUUGAUGGUCUCGAAGAUCUACCCUAUUGGUACAUUAAAAGAUGCCGUUAUCGUGCCUCAGAGUCUAGCGAUUGUGGGGUUCAAGUCGUGCAUUCUUUAUGGCCUCAUUCGGCCCGAGUCCCAAGCGAAACAGCCAAUACCUGCCUCCUUUCCCAAGCAUUCUAUAUCAGAAGCUUGUUGGGGCCGGACUGAUGCUUAUCUAGCGUCUCGGCGGAGUUGUCAACACGAACCAUUUGGUGUUGUGACUGUGCAGCUAUCAGAUGCUAUCUCAUUCAUGUAG